AUGUUCACUCUGCCUAUUUGCGCCUCCCCUGCUGCUCCCACCUGCUGUGAAACCCCGUCCUCCACUUCUCCAGCCAGCGCAGAAGGCAAAAGACUGCCCAGGGCUCAGUACUCCCAGUGGCCCUUCACCAGUCCCUCCCACUGGAGGGGCUACUGGGUGCCAACGGCAUCACCCCACCAGUACUGAGCUUAGCAAGACAGGGUCGGCAGAGAGACCGGCUUGGUGCCCAGCAUGGCCUCCGAGAUCGUCUAUGCUGAGGUGAAGUUUAAGAUGGACACCCAGAAGCUGGGUGCCCCUCCUGCUCCAGCUCCCCAGAAGGCGACCCCUCCGCCCCUCCGCCCCUGGCUGCCGGGCCUGCUCAUGGCCCUGUUGCUGCUCCUGCUCUUGCUACUGCUGCUGUCCUUUCUCGUGGCGUUUGUCGUUUUCUAUCGCCGGUCCCACCUCUGCCGGGAAGACAGAUCAUCUAAAUCAACUCGAAUCCUGUCCGAGUUCGUCUGUGCCAAACAAAGUUCAAAGACUCCAGUGUUCUCCUGCUCCUACAUCGAGACCCACCAGGAGAAUGAAGACCCGCCCUCACCUCACCAAUUUCCCAAGAACCAGACCACAUUGGACUGCAUUACAGAAGGGUCAGAGGUAGAAGGAAGAAGCUGGGACUGUUGCUCCAUAGGUUGGAGGCCUUUCCGGUCCCGUUGCUACUUCAUCUCCACUGACAAAAUGCCCUGGGCUGAGAGCCAGCAGAACUGCAGCCAGAUGGGGGCCCACCUAGUUGUAAUCAGCUCAGACACAGAGCAGAAGUUCCUGGAGAGCAUACUAGAUAACCACGAUGUUUAUUUCCUGGGGCUAACAGACCUGGAAGGUAGCAAGGACUGGCGCUGGGUGGAUCAGACGCCCUAUAACAAGUCUGUGCUAUUCUGGCACCCUGGGGAGCCUAAUUACUCCUGGGAGCGCUGUGCCUCUCUACAUUGGAUCAACUACAGAGGUUGGGGCUGGAAUAACAUCCGUUGUAAUGAAAAACAGAAUCGAAUUUGUGAGAUGGGAGGGAGCCACUUUUGACUUUCUUCCUUCAGCCCUGGAGCGGGGACUGCCGGGGAGGGGAAGAGGGAGAGAGACCGCCUAUAGGUGGACACAGGGAUUCCCCCCCACCCCCACCAUCUGCACCCUAAAUCACACACACCUACAAAUUCAACUCCAGGACAGUGUCACCCCAAGAAUACACCCACAUAGAAUUUCUGGUUCAUUUUAGGGUCUGCCAGGGUUAUCUUGACUGUAAAUCCCCAAUAGCUGGAAGGUGGAAGAAACAAGACUGAGCUAGGAUUUUCUCAUCAGGACAGCUUCUGCCUGCUUCCAUGCCAUCUCUGUCUUGCUUUCUUGGGAAACCCUCUUGCCCUAUCUACUCUCUUUUUCUAAAUCAUAUGUCCAUUCAGUUUUAUUUAUUGGAUGCCUCCUCUGUGCAGAGUGCAGUGGGAAAACCCACCCUUGCCCUUGAGUUACAGUAUAAUGUAGGAGGUAGACAACACAGACUUGGGAUCCCAGGGACACUGAUUCUAU